AUGGAAGAAUGGCUCUCACAACUGGGAUGGGAACCCAGUUGGUGGUCGCUGAUCGCCACCGCAACCUAUCUCCUGGCCCUGGCAAGCAUCCCUUCUGUACUGCUCCAACGUCGUGGGCACCCGCAGUCGGCCAUCGCCUGGCUGCUGGUUUUGUUCUCGCUACCUUUCGUGGGCUUGUUUCUGUGGUGGUUCUUGGGUCGUAAGCACCUCACCCGCAAACGGCGGCGAAGGCUGAAAGCCACCGAGAAGGUCUCAGGCUCUCUCUCAAAACUCCGCGAUGCCCUGCCCGCCCUGCCCGAGGCCAGUUGGGAAUUGCUCUCGCUGCGUCGCUUACCACCCGACGAAGCCCAAUGGGUUUUUCCGCCAACAUUUAACAAUCGAGUGCGAUUGUUACGCGAUGCUAUUCAAACAUACCCGGCGAUCGAAGAUGCCAUCCAUGCCUCGACCCAGCACAUUCAUCUGCUGUUCUACAUCUGGAACGAUGACGCGACGGGCCGACGCUUUCGCGACUUGCUGGUCGAAAAAGCGAGGCAAGGCGUCGAAGUCCGCAUUCUCUGCGACGCCAUUGGCAGCCCCUGGGCCGGGCGGAGUUUGAUGCGUCCGUUGAUCGAAGCCGGCGGAAAGGUGGGCAUCUUUCUGCCCACGCAUAUCUUCAAGCGAAACCGUUACUGGAACUUUCGCAACCAUCGCAAGCUGGUGGUGGCCGACGGUUGCCGCGGCAUCGUGGGCGGAUUGAACAUCGGCGACGAAUACACCAAAGACUGGCACGACACGGCCCUCGAGAUGCGGGGCCCCGUAGUCGAUCAACUCCAGGAAGUAUUCGCCGACGACUGGUACUACACCACUGGCGAAGAACUCUCCACCACCCGUUACUUCAGUUGCUACCCCGAAGAACAAAAGAAGAACCCCGAAUGGGGCAUCGAUAACGAGGCCGUGUGUGGCGUGGUGGCCAGUGGUCCACAUACCCGGCACAACCUCACGCACGACGCCCUGUUCAUCGCCAUCACGCAGGCCACCAACCGCGUGUGGAUCACCACUCCCUACCUCAUCCCCAACCCCAGCAUUCGCUCGGCACUGAGAACCGCCGUCUACCGCGGCGUGGAUGUGAGGGUCAUGCUGCCCGAGGUGGGCGACUCGCGGAUCGCCCAUUGGGCCUCACAAUCGUACUAUCCGGAACUGCUGGGGGCCGGCGUGAAGAUCUACGAGUACCUGCCGUAUUACCUCCACGCCAAGAGCGCCGUGUUCGACGAUGAUCUCUCUGUGGUGGGCAGCGCGAACAUCGAUAUCCGUAGCUUCCGGCUAAAUUUCGAGGUCAGUUGCACCGUCCGCAGCAAGGCAUUCUGCGAUGAGCUGGCCGCCCUCUUCGAACGCGACAUGCAGAAAUGCAAGGAACUGAGAUACGAGGAAUUCGAGAAACGCCCCCUCAUGCUGAAACUUGCCGAAUCGGCCGCACAAUUGCGGCCAAGGCAUUUUCCACCGUCACGAUCCUUCCGCGGCACCAACCCAAUCAUGGAACUGGCCACAGAAUUUGUUGUGCUGCUCGUGCUGGGCUUCCUCACCAGCUUUGUCUCAGGGUUGUUCGGCAUCGGCGGAGGAAUCGUUCGCAUUCCGUUGUUCGUGUACCUGCUGCCCUGGAUGGGAGUACCCGACGACACGAUGAUGCAUGUGGCCGUCGGCACCUCGGUGGCCUUGAUCAUUCCCACGGCCAUUGCCGCGUCUUAUAAGCAAUAUCGGCAAGGCAAUCUCGACCUGGAGUUCUAUCGUCUCUGGGCUGUUGGAAUCUUGAUCGGCGUUCUCGUCGGCCUGCUACUCGUCGACCACGUCUCGACCGAUGCCUUCAAAAUCAUCUUCAUCGUGUUUCUCAUCGGCGUUGCCGGCUACGUGGGCUUCGUGCCAGAAACGACCGUCAUUUCACAGACGCCCCCAAAGGGAAUCGGUCGCGUGAGCCUGGCCGCCCUGGUCGGUCUUAUCUCAACCCUCACCGGAACCGGGGGUGGCGCCGUAUCAACGCCUUCGCUGAAGGCGUUCAACAUGCCGCUGAAGAAAGCCGUGGCUACAGCCUCGGCCACCGGACUGGUCGUCGGCGUCGUGGCCUGCAUCGGCUACAUCUGGCAAGGUCUCGGAAUCCCCGACCGCCCGCCACACUCGUUGGGAUACGUCGAUCUGCUGGUGUUCGCCGGCAUGAUGCCGACAAUCUUCAUCGGCGCCCCAAUGGGAGCAAAGGUCAACAAUCGCUUAGAUGAGAAGCACCUGAAGUACACCUAUGGUGUAUUCCUCCUCGUGGUAGCCGCCGACAUGACCUACAAACUGGUCACUUAG